GCUCGCUUUGGCUUCCAUCGCUCAUUCCGAUCGUAACCAGCGCGUUGGCUGGUCGCGUGUUUCUCUCUAUUUUUAAAACACGUGGCUCGUUGAAUUGUUCAUCGUUAUAACCUAUAAACUCCAAAACUACACAGUUAUCAGCUGCUGGGUGAGACGAUAAAAAGUGAGAUCUUCUCUUACGGCUUGACACAAAAGCAGCAAAAUGGUUAACGAAGCCAAUGGGAGUUUACCUCCGCCACAGGAGAUGGAAUCUUUUCUACCUCAAGAUGAAAAAAAGGAACAGAUAGUCACCAAGACAUACAAUUUAACCAAAGAAAAAGAUGCGGAAUCCGGAGAUUUUGAUCCUUUCGCAGAAAGAAACUUGGAAAAUCCUACUUCAAACAUGGACACCCUGACACAUUUGUUGAAGGCUUCUCUAGGCACGGGAAUUCUUGCUAUGCCUAAAGCUUUCAAAUGCGCGGGCUUAAUAUCUGGCAUCUUCUUUACGAUCUUGGUCGCAGUUGUUUGCACACAUUGUUCAUAUGUCCUCAUAAAAUGCGCUCACGUUCUUUAUAAGAAGACGCGAAAAUCGACUAUGAGCUUCCCAGAAGUUGCAGAAGCAGCCCUCGAUAACGGGCCCGUAGGACUCAGAAAAUGGGCAAAUGCAUUCAGAAUCUUCAUCCUCGUAAGCCUGUUUUUGACGUACUUCGGUACUUGCUCUGUGUAUACAGUCAUCAUUGCUAAAAAUAUAAUGCAGGUUGUACUCCACUACAUGGAAGAUCAAAAAGAAGUCCUUGGAAUACGAAUAUUUAUAAUUAUACUUCUUGUACCUCUCAUUUUCAUGGUUUGGAUCAAAAAUCUGAAGUACUUGGCACCGGUUUCGAUGGUAGCAAAUCUGUUCAUGGGUCUAGGUCUCGGAAUAACAUUCUACUUCCUCGUUGGAACCGGUGGACUCGAUUUUAAAAAGGUUGAGUCUGUAAAACCACCAAGUGAAUGGCCGGAAUUCUUCUCAUUGACGAUAUUUGCUAUGGAAGCCAUCGGUGUAGUUAUGCCUUUAGAAAACUCAAUGAAAACACCGCGUUCUAUGCUUGGUUUUUGUGGAGUACUUAAUAAGGGAAUGUCAGGCGUAACUCUUGUCUAUAUUCUCCUCGGAUUCCUUGGAUAUCUGCGCUACGGAGAUGCCGUUGAGGAUUCCAUUACUCUGAACUUAGAGCCUCAACCAGGAGAUCCACAGAUUUAUGAAGUGUUGGCUCAAAUCGUUAAAAUAGCCAUUGCCAUUGCAGUCUACUGCACAUUUGGUCUCCAAUUCUUCGUCUGCAUUGAAAUCAUGUGGAACAGCAUCAAGGACAAGUUUACCAAAAGACCUGAACUCGCUGAUUAUAUCACUCGUACUAUAAUGGUUACAGUUAGUGUAUUACUCGCAGUAGCUGUACCAACUAUUGGGCCUUUCAUGGGUGUCAUCGGCGCGUUCUGUUUCUCCAUUUUAGGGCUAAUUGCUCCGGCAUUCAUCGAAAUUAUUACAUAUUGGGAUAUCGGUUUCGGACCUUACAAGUUUCUUAUUUGGAAAAAUGUAAUUGUUCUUACUUUUGGUCUAUUUGCACUUAUUUUCGGUACCAAAGACGCCAUAAUAAGUAUAAUAAAUGUUUAUAGCGCGUAGGAACGAGGGAACGAGACUGGAAGUCUUAUGUUAUACUAACGUGUGAUAGUUAGUUGUCAAGCUUAGCAAAUCAUUAAGUUAAUUUUAAGUGUUUUAGACCAAUUUUGCGAUGACACGCUUUCUUAACGACAGUGUAUCAGCGCUGUUACGAAGUGGUGCUAUUAUAUUUUUUACUCAUAAUAGAACAUUCUCCAGCGUUGAAACAUGUGUUUUAAUAAGAGUAUUAAAGCUUUCUCGCGCGUAACAGUCUAAAUAAGUGUGUAUUGAAAGUAUUUAAAAAAAUCUAUUGCAUUCCCAAGUGGCCGUAUGAGUGUGAAAGAUUGUAAAAAUAGGCUUUGGACGCUAUGUGUAUUUUGGUUUGCCUUUGUGUAUGCAAAUUAGAUCAAAAUGUAAUUUAAAUUAUACAAAUGAGUAUAAAUCAAAGGUCAGAUAUAAAAGAGAGACAAAAGGAAUGUUUUAAAACAUAAUUUGCAUAUAAUCAAUUUGUCAAUAAAAUCUAAAUUGUAAUUAAAGCAUUAGUACAAAAAGAUGACAAAGCAAAAUUAAAAUACUUUACUGAUCACUUCCUAAAAUGGGUAUUUUGGUAUAGUUGGUAGUUUUAUUGAACAAAUCAACUCAUUAUAUUUAAAAUAACAAGAUUUUAAAAAUAUGUUUACAUUGCAUUUAAUUUUUAACAUAAUCUAUUAAGAAGGAUAUAUCUUAAAAUUAAAGCGAACUCGGCUAGUGGUAUAGUAACGUUUAAUAUAUCAAGUGAGGCCUUGUAUUUUACUCAACCCAUUGAAUUACUAUUUGAAUAUUUAACUAUCUAUAAUUGCAUAAUACUAAAGAAUGAAACAUGUUUUACACGCAUAUGUAUUGUUUAUAUAAGUUUUAAUUUUUACACUUAGUUUAAAAAAAAUAUAUUAGUCAAUUCUAUGUAAUUCUAUUUGUAUGAAUGAAGCGGGUCCGACCCACAGUAAAACUACGUUAUUAUUAUAGCAACGUUCAUAAAUUUUAUAUGCCUUUAAAUGAUUAAUAUAUUUUAACUAAUAAAGUAAUGAUUACAUUUUAAUCAAAUACUUCAUGACAAUCUGAAAGUUUACGAACGGGGUCCAAACAUUGGGUGCCUUAUUACAGAGGUAUUUUAUUUAGUUUUUAUCGUAUACACAUAAAUUGUAUACAAAAUUUUUUAAGCAUGUAUUUGUAUUAGUUAUUUAUAUGAUAUCCAUUAAAGUUCCUAUAUAUAUGCUAAUGUGUAUUGAAUUAUACCAUAUACAUUUUGUUUCUUUCAUUAUAAUGUAGCUCUUAUAAUUUGUUUUACAAUUACAGAACAGUUCCACUUGAAA